GCCAAAAUUUCAGGUGCACUUACACUAUGUCGCAUAGGGUAUCUUUCAAGACCGCCCAUUAAUGCAACAGGUUUUGGUGGUAAAGAAGGAGGGUCAAUGAACAUGGCUUAUCCAUCCAAGAUUCCCUUUGGGAAUAGUAACUCUGAUAUUGGACAGGCUUUUUCAGAAAAGGAGUUAAGAAAGUAUUGUUCAUACAGAUAUUUUUUUGCUGGUUAUAAAUAUAGUAAGGCUUGCUAG